AUGGAGCUCCAGGCAGCGUGGUCAGACAGCAUGGAGAAGGAGCUCAGGUCUUCGGCGGCAGAGGCGAUCGCUCAAGCGAGCAAGCUGGAGAUGGAAUUGGCGCUCGCCAAAGAGGAUUCGAUGGCGGUGGCGACGUCCGCUUUGGAUGAAGCGAAGAAGGUGGGGAAGGAGGUGGCGACAGCAAGAGAGGAAACCUCGCUGGUGGCGAAGUCUCUGGACGCAUUCCGAGAGAAGGUCGACUCCACCAUGGUCUUCACCGCCUUUCGCCCAGAUAGCCACAAUGUGUAG